CCCUCCCUGCAAUGGUGGGAGACCCAGGGCCCUCCACAGCCUCCGAGUCCCGCCAUGCGCGUUGAGCCGCUCCUACCUCUGCUGUUCCUGCUGAUGCCGCAGCUCCGGGCUGCCGGUGUCUCGGAACCGACGCUACCCACCGUGGUUCUUGCCAUCCUGGCCCGCAAUGCUGAACACUCUCUACCCCACUACCUGGGUGCCCUGGAGCGCCUGGACUAUCCCCGGGCCAGGCUGGCCCUCUGGUGUGCCACAGAUCACAACGUGGACAACACCACAGGGAUGCUCCGAGAAUGGCUGGCUGCUGUGGGCCGUGACUAUGCGACUGUGGUCUGGAAGCCUGAGGAGGAGGCUAGGUCCUACCCAGAUGAACAGGGUCCCAAGCACUGGACUAAAGAAAGGCAUCAGUUCUUGAUGGAGCUGCGGCAGGAAGCGCUGGCUUUUGCCAGGGACUGGGGCGCUGACUACAUCCUGUUUGCAGAUACAGACAACAUUCUUACUGACAACCAGACACUGAAGCUUCUCAUAGAGCGGCAGCUGCCAGUGGUGGCCCCGAUGCUGGACUCCCAGACCUAUUAUUCCAACUUUUGGUGUGGGAUAACUCCACAGGGCUACUAUCGCCGCACAGCUGAAUACUUUCCUACUAAGAACCGCCAGCGUCAGGGCUGCUUCCGUGUCCCUAUGGUCCAUUCUACCUUCCUGGUGUCCUUGAAGACUGAGGAAACAGCACAGCUUGCCUUCUUCCCGCCUCAUCCUAACUACACUUGGCCUUUUGAUGACAUCAUUGUCUUUGCCUAUGCCUGCCAGGCUGCUGGGGUCUCAGUGCACGUGUGCAAUGACCGUCGUUACGGAUACAUGAAUGUAGCAGUGAAGCCCCACCAGGGGCUGGAGGAAGAGAAGACCAACUUUGUCCACUUGAUUUUGGAAGCACUAGUGGAUGGGCCCCCCAUGCUAGCCUCAGCUCAUGUAUCUCGGCCCCCAAAGAAGCCCAGCAAAAUGGGGUUUGAUGAAGUCUUUGUCAUCAGCCUGGCCCGCAGACCCCAGCGCCGGGCUCGGAUGCUGAGCUCUCUCUGGGAGAUGGAGAUCUCUGCCCAGGUGGUAGAUGCUGUGGAUGGCAGGACACUCAACAGCAGUAUCCUCAAACACCUCGGUGUGGACCUGCUCCCUGGCUACCAAGACCCCUACUCAGGCCGCACACUGACCAAGGGUGAGGUGGGCUGCUUCCUCAGCCACUACUCCAUCUGGGAAGAGGUGGUUGCCAGGGGCCUGGCCCGGGUCGUGGUGUUUGAGGAUGAUGUGCGCUUUAAGGACAACUUCCGGAGGCGGCUGGAACGGCUGAUGGAGGGUGUGCUGACUCAGAAGCUGUCAUGGGACUUGAUCUACCUUGGCCGGAAGCAGGUGAACCCCGAGGAGGAGGUAGCUGUGGAGGGGCUGCCUGGUCUCGUGGUGGCCGGGUACUCCUACUGGACACUCGCGUAUACCUUGAGCCUGGCAGGCGCUCGCAAACUGUUAGCGUCCCAGCCUCUGCACCGCAUGCUGCCUGUGGAUGAGUUCCUGCCUAUCAUGUUUGAUCGCCACCCAAACGACCAGUACAAAGCACACUUCUGGCCUCGGGCCCUCCAGGCCUACUCAGCCAGGCCUCUGCUUGCAUCCCCAACCCACUAUGCGGGAGACGCCGAGUGGCUCAGUGACACCGAGACAUCCUCCCCCUGGGAUGACGACAGUGGCCGCCUCGUUAGCUGGACUGGCUCUCUAAAGACCCUUCGUGAUCCUCAUCUGCCCCUGGCUGGCAGCAGUGGACACAGCCUCCAUCCUCACCCCAGGGAUGAACUGUAGCCCAUGAGGUCCAAGUGGGAACUCCAAAGGAGCAAUGAGAGUGGAGAGGAAGCGUUGACAGAGCCAGCAGAAACCUGACUGCUGUGUUGGCUCAGCCAGUCUUCAAUCCUCUGGACCCAUUCCAGGGUGGGAGAACCACUCAGAGACAGAGUCCAUUCCUGAAGGUCACAGAGUGAAGAGGCUAAGGCCCCAAGACUCUUGACUCUGCAUGCAGAUUUAGAGCCCAGUGGGCUCAGGGAUGGGGAGGCCUCUGCCUUUGGGGUUUCAGGCUGACCAGAGCCCAGAGUCCUGCCCUCUGAGGGCCUAGCUCCUUUGCCUCCAGCUACCUCCACCUCAGCUCCUUCCCUGCCUCACAACUGGGCCUCAUGAGCACCCUGGCUGGUGGAAAGUGCAGGAACUGCAGGCAUACCUGGUGCUCAGCACACAGUAGGCCUUCAAUAAAAGCCUUUUGCAUUAGCACUUUAUACUUCA